AUGUCCAUGAACCGCGCGCUGCAGCUGCCGCUGGGCGCUACUGCGCCGUCUGUCAUGGAGAACUACACGCUGGGCGACGUGCUCAUCUGUAAAGCCAAUCGCGGCAAGCAGCUGGAGGUCGAGACGCUCGUGAAGACGCUGCACGCGGACGUGAAUUACCGCAAUCAGCAUGGAUGCUCGGCGUUGCAUGGAGCAGCAGCAGCUGGGCAGCUGGAUGUGGUGCAGUGGCUGGGCACGCACUGCAACGUGGACUGGGGCGUGACUGACCACGACGACCAGACAGCGCUGCAUUAUGCUGCUUUCUACGGACAUUUGGAGGUCGUGCAGUUGCUGGUGGAGCAUGGCGUGCCGCUUGAUGUGCCUGACAAGUUUGGGCGCUUGGCGCACUGCUCAGCAGCUAUCAAUGGACACUUGGACGUUGUGGCGUAUUUGCUGGAAGAGUGUCCUAGUCCGAUCGACAUUAAUGCAGCUGAUGAGUAUGGUGGUACGUGUCUGCAUUGGGCAGCAUCAAAGGGACGGAAGGAGGUCAUCCAGUAUCUUUGUAUGAAGGGCAUUGACAUUCACGUCACCAGCUAUGAUAAUAAGACGGCGUACCAGAUUGCAAAGGACAAACAUAAGCAAAAGUGUGUGCAGUUUUUGAAGAGCUGGUACGAGACGUCGCAGAAAUUUGUUCACGGGGCUGAAGGAGGGGAUGACGAGGAAAUUGCACGGAUCAUCGCCGAAAUAAACGGGGCAUACCCUUUGCAAUUUAUGCGUGACAAGAAUGGCAAAAACGCGAUGCACUGGGCUGCAGAGUUCGGUCAUUUGUCAACUUUGAAGCUGUUGAGUGAGCACUUUACCGUUUGGACGGACACUGAUAAGUUUGGUCGCAACGCCUUGCAUAGCGCUGCUCUUGGUGGCAACAAGGAGUGUGCGUUUUGGCUUAUUCGGAAAUCUCGGGACUCGUCGGAGUUUUCGUCAUUGACGCUGACAAACAAAAGUCCGUCGCGAUGUGCGUUCGAAGCUGGUCAUAGUUCGCUCGCUAAUUAUCUCCAGGCAUGGGAAGAAGGCAAUGACGACUAUUCGACGAACGAUGAGUCGUCUGCGUCAUUGCCAGAGUGUGAUGGUGGCCGUCUUACUGGAGAUGAAGAGGAACAUGUCGCUUCGCGAAGCAGAAAUAUUGCGACUGUGUACAACUGGCUCAAGUUCUUCAAGAUGGAAGAAUAUGCUCAAAAUUUUGAAAAAGAUGGAUUUGAUACACUGCGAGGUGUGGCUACAAUUGAUGAAGAUGACCUGGUUGAUAUGGGUGUGAAAAAGGGUCAUCGGCGCGUGGUACUCUCACAUAUCGAGGAGUUACGGAACCAAUUGUCGAUGCUGGACGAAAGCGCGGACGAUGCCGGGAUGGAGCCGCUUUCUUCGCCGACAAUAAGCAUGCUUCCGUCCAUCGCGAAACAGUCGUCAACAUCCAGUAUUGUCAGUGCGUCUGGAGGUGCUGAGACGAUCCAUAAUAGAACAGAACGACGAGGAUCAGUGACGAUGCCAGCGGACGUGUAG